AUGCUGUUCUGUCACUUAUCGCGACAUUUUCUUGGGUCUUUUGGCAGACGUUCCUUUUCCAAAAUAUCAUUUUGCUAUUUUUUGAAGUGGGAUCCUUGUAUAACGUUUCAACAAAGAAUUACUAUACACGGUCCUUACCGUAAUCGUUACACUCAUUACAAAAAUGCAUAUCCUAGAAAACUAGAAACUUAUUACGACGUAUACUACUUUGGCGCUUUAACGUGUGUACUUUUACUAUUUAUUUCUGUAGGCUUCCCUUAUUUAGAACGGAAGGUUUAUAAGUCCAAUAAUGACAAUGGUGCGAAAAAGAAGGUAUGUAAUGUGACAAAUGCCAAAUGUCAGUCAGAGGUUUCUGACACAGAUGAGGAACAGCUACAUCAAAACGACUCGGUAAGAAAAAAACAUGCUGGAUUUCGAGACAGGAAGUUCAUUGCAUACGAAAACCGAAUUCGAGCCUAUUCUACGCCGGACAAAAUCUUCCGAUAUUUUGCAACUCUUAAAAGCAUAGAAGAAGACAAUGAAACAGUUUACAUGACUCCUGAAGACUUCCUUCGUUCAAUUACCCCAGGUAUUAAACAACCUGAUGGUUUAGAUUUGGAUUCAUUUAAAAGAUAUGACCCAAAGACGGGAUUAGUUUGGUUCCAUAACAAGAGUGAAAAAUUAAAUUUGGACAUACCUAAAGAAUCAGUAUUUUAUAAGCUUUGUGAUCAAGCUUUAAUCACAUUUACUGAUUUUAUAUUCCUAUUAACUGUACUUUCGACACCUCGUCGACAGUUUGAAAUAGCUUUUCGUAUGUUUGAUAUUAAUGGAGAUGGGGAAUUAGACAUAAACGAGUUUGAAGUUGUUCGUUCGGUAAUUAUGGGCACUACUGCCAUGGGUCGUCGUCAUCGUGAUAAUUUAACAACAGGUUGUACUUUGAAACCAGGUAGUUCUAAUAGUGCUUUCAAACGCUAUUUCUUUGGUCCAAACGGCGAUCAGAAGUUGCCAAUCAGUAAAUUUCUUCAAUUUCACUCUGAUUUACAAGAGGAGAUUAUGCGUCUAGAAUUUGAAAGAGCUGAACCAAAGAAUGGAAAAAUUACUGAAGUACAAUUCGCCAAUUCUCUACUUGUUUAUGCUGGAUUUUCUGAGAAUAAAAGACGUAAAAUGAUUCGUCGAGUAAAAGCAAAAUUUCCUAUAGAUUCUGAUCAGUCUAGUGGUAUCACGUAUAAAGAUUUUUCUGAUUUCAGUCAUUUACUUCGAUCUAUUGCUGAUGUGGAUACUGCUUUGACAUUUUAUCAUAUGGCUGGGGCAUCAAUUAAUCAAGAUACUUUAAAUCAUGUUGCUUCAACUGUCGCCAAUCUUCACUUGUCACCACAUGUUUUAGAUGUUGUGUUCACUUUAUUCGAUGAGAAUAAUGAUGGACAAUUAAGUUAUCGUGAAUUUGUUGGUGUUAUGCGACAUAGACUCUUACGCGGUUUGGAUAAACCUAUGGAUACAGGUUUUAUUCGAUUACUUAGUGCUGUAUUUCAUUGUACUAAAGAACAAAUCAAUCUUGGAAUUAGUUCUACUUAUAAAGGUGUUUGAAGAGUUGACUAGUUUACUUGUGAGAAUCCACAGUCAUAUGUCACAGGAUGAAUAAAAAAGAGUUUGAUGUGGGAUUACUUAUCUACUUAUUUCCUUUGUUUCUUCUAAAUAAAUCAUGCUUUAUGCUGUUCAUUUAAACUUGACGGUAUCAUUUAUGUAUAUGUGCCUCUUCGCAUUUCCACACUCUUACAUGGAUAUUAAAGUUGAUAUUACAAAAAGCAUUAUCGUUG